UCUGCACUUUCCUCAACUGCAAAUUCCAGUGACUGAGGAGCGGCUGGAACACCGGGUGUCUUCUCGCUCUCAUGACAACGCUCUCUGAAAGAGAGAAAGAAAAAAACAACAACAAUAACUACAAAUUGCUGUGGACAGGUGCUGAGUGCUGCUGAGUGUUGCUGUGUGUGUGGGCUCCAGGGGACUGGUUCAACAUUCCUGUGAUAGUUUGAUCGACACAGUCCAUGGGAGAGGAAGAGGAGGGGGCCAGAUUCCUGAACGAACCUCAAUGAGGAAGAAGCGAGUGGAGGAAGUGCCUUCCCUGAUGUCUGCUGCAGCUUUGACCUGCUUUUACAGCUGAAGCUCCACCCAGCCCCCCAGCCCCCCUGCGCGCAUCGCACGCUUGCUGCCACAGUAACACGAGUACAAGGACAGCGACCACACCCUCCUCGCAACCAACGCUACGACCCGCUCAUCCAUUCACCAUCAUCACCAUCCACUCCUCGCGGCAGGGUUCAAGCCUCAGCUCUCCUCCCCUGACGUCCCUUCUGCCAACUGCUCUUCACCAGCUGAUCAGCCUUAUCACAGCAGCCGACACACCACCAGGGUCACGCAGCAUCUUACACACCUUGCCUUUAACCUUCGCCUUUGACCCUGCAAGCCUCCACUUGGUCCUCAGUGUCCUUAACCUUCCUGUAGCAGGCUACACCCAGACUAUCACCUUUGUUGCCUGCAUCACUGCCACCAAACCAGAGGGCUCUCGGUUUGGCCUGUCCGUCUGUUCGCCACCUUGGAUUGUGAACGCCGUAGAGGAGACUGUUCAGCCAGCAAUAAACAGUGAGUGGGGGAAAGUCAAGCCAAGAGUGGCAGCUCUAUUGUUAGAAUAAGUCUGAAGUUAGAAUAUGUCCUGGAUAUAAUCACUCCGUCACUGGUUGUUUAAUCAGGAAAAUGAUUCAAUAACAUCCCCAGCGAAACGUUGUGCUGUAACAUUUCACUUUGGACAAGGAGCCAUCUCCAUCAAUAGGAGAGUCACCUCAAGUGUCACAGACUUUAACCACACCAACAAAUAAACAAAAGAAAGACCUUAAAGUUGUGGAUUAAAACACAAGAGGUACUUUACUCACGCUUUAACAGAUCUCAGCUCCGAAUUCUCUUGGCCAGCGUGUUGCCAUGGCAAUGAACAUGGCACAUAUGCGUGACACAAAGUGGCUGACACUGGAAGUAUGUAGGGAGUUCCAGAGGGGCACGUGCUCACGCACCGACCAGGAGUGCAAGUUCGCGCACCCAGCCAAGAGCUGUCAGGUGGACAACGGACGGGUCAUCGCUUGCUUCGACUCUCUCAAGGGCCGUUGUUCCAGAGAGAACUGCAAGUAUCUGCACCCUCCUCCCCACCUAAAGACCCAGCUGGAGAUCAAUGGCAGGAACAACCUGAUCCAGCAGAAGAACAUGGCCAUGCUGGCCCAGCAGAUGCAGCUGGCCAAUGCCAUGAUGCCCGGCACACAGCUACCACCUAUGGUGAGAGGACACACACGUUUGAACACACCACAACUACUGCCCAUGCCGUAUCAUUUCUCCGCUCUCUUCCAGCCCAUGUUCUCGAUGGCGCCAGGAAUGGCCACCAACGCUAGUGCGGCGGCAGCACUUGCAUCCGCAGCCUUUAAUCCCUACCUGAGCCCUGUGUCACCAAGCAUGAUGCCCCAGGAGAUCCUACCCAACACCCCUGUGCUCAUGACCUCCAGCCCCAACGUCAGCCAAGUUCCCAACGCUGCCGCCGCCGCAGCCCAGAAACUGCUGAGAACGGACCGACUUGAGGUGUGUCGGGAGUAUCAGAGGGGCAACUGCUCCCGGGGGGAGAACGACUGUCGUUUCGCCCACCCCGCUGACAGCACCAUGAUCGACACCAACGACAACACCGUCACUGUGUGCAUGGACUACAUCAAGGGUCGGUGCUCCCGGGAAAAGUGCAAGUACUUCCACCCGCCAGCUCAUCUGCAGGCCAAAAUUAAGGCUACCCAACACCAGGUGAACCAGGCCACAGCCGCCGCAGCCAUGACUCAGUCGGCUGUCAAAUCACUGAAGCGACCCCUCGACGCAACCUUUGACCUGGGCAUCGCCCCUAGUGUCAUGGCUCCCAUGCCAAAGCGGGCAGCCCUGGAGAAGGCCAAUGGGGCCUCUGCCAUGUUUAACACCGGCAUGCUCCAGUACCAACAGGCCCUGGCCAACAUGCAGUUUCAGCAGCAGGCUGCUUUCCUCCCAUCAGGCUCAAUAUUGUGCAUGACACCUGCAGCCAGCCUUGUUCCCAUGAUGCACGGUGGUAGUCCAGCCACUGCAGCCAACUCAUCUGCCACAAGCGUUCCCUUUGCAACUGCCUCCACCAAUCAGGACUCUUCCUCAUCAAAGUUGACUACCAACGAAUACAUGCAAUUGAUUCCAAUAAUAUCUGCAGAUCAUCUGAGUAGUCACAAGUACUUGACUCAAAUGUAGUUCCUCUUAAGAACAAUCAAAUGAAUGUGUGCUGGCACCGUCCAAGCCAAAAGAGUUCAGCCUUUAUCUACAUAACCUUCCGAAUGUCACGCAAUGAGACAAGGAGGGUUUUUGCCAUCUCUUACCCAGUUCACGGUGAUGGUCUCAUCACACACAUAUAAUCGCGUCACGGGUGCAACACACGAUCUGUGCCAUCUUCCCACAUGUCAAUGUCAAGAAGAAUUUGUCGUCAAAUCCAACGUCCAGCCAGAGAGAGAAGAGGAUGUCCUGGUGCCGCGGUCAGUGCAUCUCCCUCUAAACCACAGCACUCAAUUUGUUCUGUUAUCCUUACUGCACGCAGAGAAGGUCAAGAGCGUGGGUUGCAUGAGGCAACACAGACGUGCUGGUACGUUAGUAGACCAAGAUUUUUAUUUUAUUUUAUUUUUCUUUAAAAAAAAAAUUUGUUCUGCUCUAUUUUUUGUUUUAUCGAUAGCCAUAUUUCAUAGUUUACAAGUGAAAUGCAAACAUGCACCUUGAAUUUCAAUUGAAAUCUGAAAGGCACAAGGAUUUUAACAGGAAUUAUUAUUAUUAUUUUCCCGCCAAAAUAAUUAGGCAUGUACAGUAUUGUGUUUUUACGGCUACUAGUGAAACUAGAUGUUGAAAUGAGGGUCUUGGACAUAUGAAUGUUCUGGGUAAACCAACAUACCUGUGUAUCUUGAAAGCACAGCCAGGCAAACUUUUCUCACCUUGUCAUGUGCCAUCAAGGCCAUACAGCUAAAACCAGAGUGUUAUCUCAGCAGUGUUAUUUGUUUACCGAAGGUAAAAGUUUUGUAUGGCUCCUUUUGUAUUGUUUUGGUUUCAUUAAUUUUUUAAUUUGAACUUUUAUCUAAUUAAUCAGUUUUAGAAGUGGGUUUUUUGUGAUUUUUUUUCUCUUUCUUUUAAAAUUAAAAAAUGGAGUGUUUUUCUAAAGUUUGUCAUACUUCUUUUCUAGUGCUAGUGUUGUUUUGUGUUUAUUGGGAUUAGGUUGUUGCUCAAGUCCAUCGACUCUAAAGCCUGGUGAAGUAGAGGGUGUAGCUUCCAUUGACAUUGUCAACCUUGUUCAAGCUCUUUUAAAGAGAGGCGACUUUAAAACUGUGUCUCCAAGAAGCACUGUUGAGCCAUGUGUAGAUAGAAAUUUAAAACAACAGACCCAAAAGUCUAUUAGGUCAUUUAAAAACCACAUGUGCACUUGAAUGAUUGUUUGUCCGGUCACGUGAUUUAAUUUCACAUCCCAUCUCUCGCAAACUUUCAUUUUUGGAGGAAUUUGCGACGCAUUGUAUGACUUUGAAUUGUAUUUCAAGCAAAAACACAAAGGUCGUCAUUCACUUGUAGAUCUGACUAUGGAAACCAAAGCACAGUUUUAUCUCAUAAUCAUAUUCACAAAGGUUUGUAGAAGCAUCCAGAGGCUUAAACAAUUAAGGAAACAUGUUUAUCAUCUUCUAUCAUCUGUCAGUUUUAUGAUCACUUCCUUCUUUUUCUGUGUUCACAGAUGUGUGUAGUGUGUCUUUACCGAUUGUAACGUACCUAACAAAGCCUUAGAUUACAAUUAAUGGGUCUCAGCCCAAUCAAAUGUACUUUCAAUCACCAUGCAGGUAAAGAACACCAAUGAUGUUUUAUAGUUCUCUCACAUGCCGCUUAUGAUCUUUUUUUCUUUUUUUGUUCAUUCUGUCUAUGUUAAAGUAACAAUUACUCUCUUAAAUUUCAUUGAACUUAUGUGUUGUGUACUACUUAAGGAUUUGAAUCUAUUUGAGGUAUGUAGUUUUUAGAUUUUUCUUUUUUUUGCCUUACUAUAUAUUACUUGACAACAUUGAUAUAGCCGUUGUAGAUUUUGAGGUAGUAUGACAUUCAUAACUUUUUUCAAACCAUAUAAAUGAUAACGUGUUGAGUCAGUUUUAAAUAUUCACUUCAUUCAUAUAGCUGGACGUCUUUUUUCAGUUGAUGUUACAUUAUCACUUAAUUUUGUUGAUGAAAGACUUUUUUGAUACAAGGAAUGAGAUCAAUUCAUUUCGCUGCCACUGCAGCAUCUCAAAAAACCAAACAAAAAGAAAGAAAAAAACUAAUGUUUCAACCAACUUAAAUUUUCCUGUCAAGAACACGUCACGUUUGAAAAUAUAAUGUAUUGAGAUAUAGAUUGUCCAUGUUUUAGAGUACAAAUUAUUUUCUACUGUAUCCAUUUCAAAAAAAUAUGUUAUAUUGUUGGAAUAUUUCUUAAGUUUGCCCUGAAUGUCAGGCCAAAACGAGCAGUGAAAUUGUUGGGUGUCUGGACGUUUGGUCGAGAGUGAGAUUAGGAGCGAGAGAGAGAAAGACUUCUCCCGACUGGAGGAGUCUGAAAUGCUGCAGAUGAUGAGUUCUAACCUAAGGGACGAAGGUUGACUUUUUGCACUUCUGUAUAUAGUCAAAUGAACAGAGAAAAAAAUGUGUAUCAUAUUGAGAUAUUAUUUUGAAUAAAAAAAAAUAUCUAUAAUUAUAAGGAAUUUUGUUAGAUUAAUUUAAAUUCUUAAAUUAGAAGACCAGCUGAAAAAAAAUUGCUUGCAAACAAGGGCACUUGUUUCUUGGCCAAUGCAUUCAGAGAAAGCUAUGCGCUUUUUGUCUUAUUUUAUCAGUGGCUUGCAUUGCCAGGGAAUGUUGUCGGGGAGUAGAUAUCCCCAUGUCACGCAGAAUCCACCCCUCUCGUUGGAUGACAUAUCCAAUGAUGGCCAUUUAUCAUUUGUUGGACUCGGUCAUGCAGUACUGCUGCUCCCGUGGUAUAGUUGAUACAUAAAACAAAAAGAAUAUAUUCUAUUAUAGUUUGACUGCAUGUAAAAGUACAAACAUUUAAACAAAAGCAGCUGCGUAGUUACAGUAUAUAAGGAAAGAUAACACAUUCAGACCACAGAAUACACAGUAAUAUGUUUUGGGUUUUUAUUUUAAUUAUACGUACAGUAGAUAACAUCCACAGUGGGGAGGAAUAAUACUUCAAAAAAACAAGUCAUCUUACUCUUGUGUGAAAAUAUUUUUCAAAGAAAAACAUUAUUUAAAGAACAAUAAAAUAUUAGCACUCAUUCAACCCCAGGUCGUUUCUCACAGCCAUAUAAUUACAGCCGACACUGACUCACGGGAAGUUGUUCCUGCUCUCAUAUCUGUGCACUCAGCAGGUGAAGGCUCACCGCACCAAAUGUGUAUUUGGCGAAUUAGUCUCUCGAAUGAAUGUAACAGUCGCCCGUCAGCGUCAACGAGUUUCUCACUCGUGGCUGCUGCGUCGGCACCAAAGAACCAAAGCACCAUUCUCUCCAAAUCAGAUGUUCGGUCUUCAUGGCCGGACCCGAGGUUUUCUCUUCCCUGCUGGGGGCACAUGUUUGCUUUGACUGCUUUUUUACUUGUAAGUGCAACCAUCACUUAUGUAUUUGCUAACAGUUGCAGCACAAUAAUGUACUAUUCUGUCUUCAGAUUUGUUUAUGCACAUUUUAUUGUUGCCAUAAUUGACUCUUGCUGUAUGGAUGGAAAAAAAAAAUCUGAAUAAAACAAUAUUUGAUUUGCUCAUGCAA